AUGAGCCCCUACAUUGCAUAUUACGCAAACCAAGCUGGUGGAGGAACAGUGGAUCGAUAUAGUGAUUUUGGAAGGGUAUUCGUUGGAAGUCCUUAUCAAAGAGGACAUGGAAUUGGUGCUUUCCUUGGGGGUCUUUUUCGACGCAUUCUGCCCUAUCUGGGAAGCGCAGCCAGAGCUGUCGGUAAAGAAGCUCUCAAUGCGGAAUAUAUUGAUUUGGCACAUACCAUGAUCAAAGUUCGCGCCAGAAUCCUGAAACCCGAUGGCUCUGCUGUACUCGAGGACUCUGUUGGUCCUGUGAAUAAUUUUUUACAUUCAAUGUUUAACCAAGUGGAUGUAUAUUUCAACCAAAAAGUUGUGACGCCUCCGAAUAAUCUGUACGCCUAUAGAGCAUACAUUGAAACAUUACUGCACUAUGGUACAGAUGCAAAGUCCUCACAUCUUGGAAUGUCGCUUUGGGCUACGGAUAGCUAUGGUGCAAUGGAUUCUACUGCUGUAGCGGCGGGUGAUGCGAGAAACAACAAUGGGCUAGUCUUACGUCAGGCCUUUACUAAAGGUGGAAAAGCAUUUGAUCUACUGGGACAUUUACAUUGUGACGUGUUCAAUCAAGAUAAGUUUUUGAUGAAUGGCGUAGAGCUACGCGUUCGUCUUAUCCGUGCAAAGGACGACUUUUGCCUUAUGGACGAUAGUGCCCUGAAUUAUAAGCUGCGUAUAGUAGAAGCCUCCUUGAUUGAUCGUCGUGUCAAACUUAGCCCUGGAAUUUUGAUAGCUCAUGCUAAAACGCUUGCAAAGAUAACUGCGAAAUAUCCUUUGACACGGCUGCCUAAAAGAAUCAUACUGGGAUUUGUUGAAAAUGCCAGUUUCAACGGCUCGAGGAAGAAGAAUCCCUUCAACUUUCAAAAUUUUGGAAUAAACUUUUUAUGUCUGAAUGUCGAUGGACGUCAAGUACCUACAAAACCUCUGCAGCCAAGUUUCACCUCUGGCGUCUGUCUAGAUGUGGAAGCAUUCAACACACUAUUUGCUGAGCAGAAUGUAAAUUGUUUGUUGUACGCCGAAUAUGACAAUUUGCUAGAAAUUGAUUGCACAAGACAGGUUAUUGUCGACUACAGUGGAUGA